AUGGAGAUGGUAUCUGGGAUGCCGUUUAUCGACCAUGUUGAUCGAGUAUGUGAUGGGUGCUUGGUUGGAAAACAGCACCGUAGGCCGUUCCCUGCUCAGUCUACCUAUCGUGCAAGUGAUGCACUCGAGCUGCUCCAUGGUGAUCUAUGUGGCCCUAUCACCCCAGCAACUCACGGAGGAAAGAAGUAUUUCUUCCUUGUGGUAGAUGACUACUCGAGAUACAUGUGGGUCGUUCUCCUACGAUCUAAAGAUGAGGCGUUUGAAGCGUUCAAGAAGCUAAAGGCUGCAACGGAGAUGGAACACAAGCUGAAGGUUCGUGCUCUAUGGAUAAAUCGCGGCGGAGAGUUUACGUCAAACAAGUUCAACGACUACUGCGAGAAGAUUGGCCUAAAGAGGUUCCUCUCGGCACCUUAUACGCCGCAGCAGAACGGGGUUGUUGAAAGGCGCAAUCGAACCGUCGUUGACAUGGCGAGAAGUUUACUCAAGAGCAAGAACUUGCCAGGAACUUUUUGGGGAGAAGCUGUCUCGACGGCGGUCUAUCUUCUCAACCGGGCUCCAACGAAGGCAGUGAUCGGGGAGGACGUCCAGGUGGUUGGCAAGACGCCCAACCAAGGUGACCACAAUGGUAGUGAUCAUCAUGGUGCCGACACCAACGACGAUGCGCAUUGGUCGCAAGGUGAUAGCGACUACGACGCGCAAGACACGGGUAGAGAUCUCGGCAACGACAUCGACAAUGAGGCGCAUAGUGAUGAUGACAAUCAAGAUGGUGGUCACGAUCACGACAACUACGCCGAUGACGCGGAUGCCAACGACCCGGCAUCUACCACGCCCGAGACUCAACCGUCUUCCUCAAGUGCAUCGACGCCGACACUAUUUGUGUCGCCUCCUUCGCAAGCCACAACGGAUUCUUUCGGGCCUCGUCGCUACAAGACCCUCAAGAAAGUCUACAAGUACACAAAGCCAGUUAUGCUCGAGUACUCCGAUUUGUGUUUACUCGGAGUUGAGGAGCCGGCGAACUUCGUAGAGGCGAGCAAAAGUUCAAGUUGGAUGCACGCCAUGGAUGAGGAGAUGAAGGCGAUCGAGAGCAAUGGCACGUGGACUUUGGUAAACGACCUCCGAACCAAAAGGUCAUAG